AUGGCGGCUCCUCCCGAAUGCGAUGAGUCGCUUACGACGGUUAUGCAAUUAUGCGCUGAACGAGAUCUUUUGACGCGGCCCGAGGGCCUCGAAACUCACAUCCACAGACGGUUUUUAACCGCCCGUCGAUUCGAUCCCGAUGCUGCCCUUAAGCAAUUCCAAGAAGCAUCACAGUUUCGCCGAGAGAAGCAUAUCGUCAAGCUUUAUGACAUGGUUGAGAUUACUGAUUUUGAGCAAGCUCGCCAAUUUCACCCACAUUGA